UGGAGUGUCAGUCGUCAUGGAAACCUGCAGACAGAUUCAGGAAACGGAGUCAGCGUGGUUUCAGUUUCGGCGUGUUCACAGGGGAAACCACAGUCUGCUGCUUUUAGACUUCUGUGAAACCUGAUUGGCCGAGUUUUAAGAAGCACAGUCUUGAUCUGACGCUCACUUCCUCACAGGAAGUCAGUCACCAGCCCGUCGACAGAGACUCAAACUCUCCGCCGCCAUGACCUGACGAGUCGUGGCGCUCUGACCUCGUGCUGUUGGAGGAGUAUGUCUGUGCUGGAGCACAGCUGUCGGUGUACCAGCUGUUUCUGCGUCGUUGGACGCCUCCAUCUGCUCGCUGCCUGCAGGAAGUUGGCGUGUGCUUGAACAUGAGUGGAAGUAGAAUCCCCCCUGAGGGCUGUCAGAGUCCAGUCCAAGGUCCCUGUGAGGUCUCCUACAGCUGGCACCAUUACAGGAAGCCUUGGCAGAGAUUGGACCCCCAGCCCGCUCCACAGCAACCUCUGGACAGAUACAAGUGGAGGACUUCUGACUGCCUGGCACCAAGGGGAACAAAGAUGGCCGCCCAUGAGGGUAAAGGGCACCCCAGAGAGGGUCUUCACCCGCGGCAGCUCAGCCUUUCAAGGCUCCUCUCGGUCCCAGAGUCCCCUUCAGGCUGUGAAGAGCAGCCCAGGUCCAGGUCUCUGCACGGGAUCUUCCCCUACUUCAGGUCCAUUUCUGAGCCGGGUUCAGGUUUAGGCAAGGCCUCGGGGAGGACCAGGGGAGGAGACGCAGAGCGGAGAGCUCCAUCCGUCAGCAGGUUCCUCUCCUCGGUCUCCAGGAGGAUCGGCAGAGUCAUCAGGGACGGGACGGAAACUGAAGCAGGAGAGUCCGAUGUCAAAGGUCCUCCAGCUCACCGCUUCUCCUGCGGUCAGAGUCCGUACACCGACAGUGGAGCCUGGGAGAGGAAGUUCUGCAUCCUGACUGACAGCCAGCUCAUCCUGCUCAACAAGGACGAUGAGGCUGCAGGCGAGGCUCAGGAGAGUCCCACAGACUCAGCCAAGGCUCGGAGUCUCCGCAGGACCGUCAGCGUCCCCUCAGAGGGACAGUUCCCAGACUUCCCAGCAGAGGGCGCCGCCAUGCUAGGUAAGGACCAGAGGAGGGUUGUGGGGAGGCGGCACCGAGGCGUGGGUGUGUUAUUGCCAUGACAACAAACAGUUGUGGC